AUGAUGCAAGAUGUCACAUUUCCCAAUAUUUUCACAUACAACACCAUGAUCAAUGCCUGUUGCAAGGAUGGGAGCCUUCUCGAGGCCGAGCUCUACUUUGCCCAUCUCUCACGAGCUGGUCUCAAUCCUGAUACCUUUACUUUCAACUCUCUGAUCUCCGGUUACUAUAAAGUCAAGGAUUCCCAUGGGGGAUCUCGAGUUCUUGUCUCAAUGUUGCGCAUGGGAUGCUCACGUGAUGAGUUCUCUUACACCAUUCUCAUUCAAGGGCUCUGUGAAUCUCGUCGGUUAGAUGAACCCUUUGAGUUGCUGGGUUAUGCAAAGAAAAGAGUUUGUUACAAUGUCUUGGUUGAUGGUUUCUGUAAGGGAGGCAUGAUUGAUGUUGCUUUUCAGACCAUGGAAUCCAUGGACAGGAACGGAUGCCACCCGUAUACUUGA